UAUAAAUAUAAAUUUUAUAUAUUUAUUAAAAGUGAUAAAAAAAAAUUAAACCAAUAGUUAAUAGUGCAAUUUAAUAACAAUGGGCGUAUAAAAAAUAUAAGUGACGUUUUCUCCACAAUUCGUCAUCAAGAUUUUUUUUAAAAACUUUUUUUACCUCAAUAAAUUUCUUACACAAGUUUUAAGUGUCGUUGCAACUUUCCAUUCACUUUUGUAACGGAAUUAUUUUGUUUUAUAUAUUUUACUUAAAUAUAUAUACAUAUAUAUAUUUUAAUUGAGACAAUGGAGAAAUUCGCUGUUGAUCUUGAUAAAGUACUUGACGAAUUUGAGUUUAAUGAAGAUUGCGCAGAACAAGUGGCAUCAGUUGAAGAUGCAUCAGUUAUUAAAAAUAAAAAAUGUCUACCCAUGACUAUCAAUCAUCAAAUAAAUGACAGUACUACUUCUAAUACUAAUACUACUAAUAAUAGUAGUAGUAAUACUCCAAGUAUUUAUAAAGAUGAUAAAUUAACAGAGCGAGUAAUUGAUAAUAAGAAAAUUACACAAUUGAAUGCUGAUAAGAAUGUGUAUGAAUCAAAUGAUAUAAGUGAUGAUGAUGAAGAAGACGAAGAAGAGAUUGAUGAUGGCGAUGAUUCAAAUAAAUUGGACACAUUGGACAUACGUAAAUCAGACAUCGCAAAGGAGUCAGUUAAUGAGUUCAGUAAAGCGGGCUAUCAAAUGUCUGAUGACAAAGUCCAGCAGAAAGAAACUAUUGAUUUUAAUAAUGAUAAUGAGCAUUACGCUUUUAAUAAUGAUAAUGAACCGAGUAAUUUAACUAUUCAUAAUGAUAUACAGCAGAAGUUUGCACAGAAACGUUCUAAUGACACAAAUGUCGUUGUUGCUAAUAAGAGUAAUAGUUAUGAUAAGAAACUGAACCAGCCUAAUAUCAAGCCGAGUGUCAGCAAUGUUUUCAAUAGUCUCAAUGAAUAUAUCAAUGCAUCGAGUGCUAAUAUGGAACGGAUUGAUUGCUCGAUUGAUCGCAAUGAAUGUAAAAGUGCUGGAGAAGUUGUAAAAAAAAGUAUGACAUCUUUACCAGAGUAUGAAAAUAUAUUGUUACCAGUUAAAUGUGAUGUAAAAAAAGAAGAAGAUAAAAGAAGUAAAGAAGAAUUAACAGAAGUUGAAGUUUCUAAAAGUAUGCAAGGACAAAAAACUGAUAGUAGAGGUACUGUGGAUUGCACGAAACAUAUAUAUGAGAAUGUAAAUAUUCCUGUAAACAUUCCUAGUACAGAGAGUAGUUCUGGUGAUGCGAGAGCGCGAUCGAGAGAGACAUCGAGAUCAACAAGUCAAGAUGAAACUAAGCAUGUAUAUGAAAAUGUUGAUUUUGAUAAGCAAAAUUCCCGCGAAGAUCAAGGUGUUUAUGAACGUUUGUAUAUUGGAGCAAGUGAUUUGCCCGAGACAACAACAGAACUGGAGAUCGCUGCUAAAAGACUCAAUGAACAAUUUAAUUUAAAUAAAAAAGAUGACACAGUUUUGACAGGCGGCAUUAAUCCAGCGAAACUUGUAUUUCAAAAUGUUAAUUUAAAUCCCGCUGGAUCAUCAUCAUCUGGAAGUGGAACUGGAUCGGGAGUAGCAGCAGCAGGACUUGGAGCAUCAGCACAAGAACGUAAACCUGUUGGAUUUAGUACGAUUGAUGAUUUAUCUGAGGAAGAAUUAAAUAAAUAUUUAGCAGAAUUAGAAGCUGAAGAACGAGCCCAUGAAGCUGCAUAUGAAAAUAUAUCAGUACCAAGAUCCUCAGCAACUUAUGCUAAUAUUAAUACUAAUGCUAAUGCUAGUGAUGUAACACGCCGAGUACCAGUAGCAUCAGCAGCAGCUGCAUCAGUUUCCAAUGAUGACGAAGACGCCAAUGAAGCCCCGAUUUUUGAGAGUGUAACCAUCGGGGAACUACCUCAGGUUUCAGAGGAAAAGUUACAAGAGAAAGCAAAAAAAUUUCCAGUUAUUGAUUACAGUAAGAGUGGGGCCAGUGGUGAAUCGAGUGAUUUUUUAGACGAAACCGAAAAGUUUCAUCACGAACCGGUAAAAAUAGUUGUAGAGAAGGAAAGAAAAAUUAAACGCACAGGAGAAACUGUAAGAAAAUCAUCAGAUACUUUUGAGUCUGGGUCAGUUACUGUCCAAGCACAAGAAUUAGACCAGCCUGAAAACGGUAAUUUUAUUAUUAAAAAUCCAAUUGAUGAUAGUAAUAGCAAUAGUAAUAUUAAUAGUCAGUCUAAGGCAAAAGAUGAAUCAAAUAAUUCUGCGGAUAGUAAAAUAACCAGUGAAUUAACUAACGAUAAAUCAACUGAUACUGUAUUACCUCAAACUAAAGCAAUAAUUAGUGAAUUAACUAAGACUGUUAAAGAACACCAAGAUAGCGGUUCAUUUGUUGAAAAUAAUUCAAGUACAGAAAUUGUCAAAGAACCGGUAGUUGAAAAUGAUUUAAAUGAUAGUGAAUUUGCUGAAACAACAGUAGAAGCAGAAGCAGAAGCUGCUGCUAUUGAAGAACCUGUUGGUUCUGAACCUGAUCAUGAUGACUUGGGGUCAGACCGUCCAGUAAGACCACAAACUCUAGACAUCGUUUCGACGGUUACUAUGGACGAACAUGAAAAUAUACAAGGUGUUGCUAAUGUUGAAGAACAACCGAGUACGACAACAACAGCGGCAACAGUACCAGCAAACGCAGCUAAUGAAGAGUCUGUGAGAGAACGUGAUCCAUCGCCAGACGUUUCUGACAGCUCGUCAAUGGAGUUCGGAAUAAUGCUGGGAAAACAGCCGCCUUUCUGGGUGCCAGACAGUGAAGCGCCCAAUUGUAUGAUGUGUGAUAUGCGUUUUACUGUUAUCAAAAGACGUCAUCAUUGUCGUGCCUGUGGCAAAGUCUUGUGCAACAAGUGCUGCAAUUUAAAGUACAGACUUGAGUAUCAAAAAAAUGUUGAGUCACGAGUUUGUUCUACGUGUUAUCUGCAGCUUAUCAGAACUGAAAGUGAACAUGGAAGUGGUGAUUGGUCCGGUGAUUACACGAGCAAUGCUGCCGGUAUGAAUUCACCCCAGGGAAGACAGCCGAAUCCGAAUAAUCCAAUGGAAUAUUGUUCAACAAUACCUCCUUUGCAGCAGUUAGCAGGCGGAUUGCCGUCACCGCCGUCAGUUAUGGUGCCCGUCGGGGUAUUGAAACGUGAAGGCAGCACGAAGCAACGUCCAGAAGGACAGAAAUCCGUCAUGUUCAGUGACGGAAUAAGGCCUGGAUGUGACCUGACAGAGCUCGAUGCUUCGUGGGAUCUAAAGCCGCCUUAUCGGAAAGUUGGAAGCAAGCGCGUACCAUCACCAGGUACCCAGUCAACUUCUUCAACUACCAAGAGACAAAAUUUACCACCACUAGAUCCACAUACUAAUAGUUAUAUUCCUCAAGAUGUUAAUAUGUUGCCACCAACAGUAACUAUUCAUAAAGGCCAAAUAAUGUAUCACGAAGUAAUAGAUCAAUCAGGAUUGUACCAGUCUCUAAAAAAUGAUUGCGAGCCGCCGGUAAUGUUUGCAAUUAACCGCAACCUCUAUGCCUACGUUAAAAUAACAAAUUUGAACUGUUGCGUGAAUAAAAUUUGUUGGAAUGUAACCUCACGUGGUUUAGCGUGCGUUGGACAAGACGAAGUUAUUUUUUUGAUAGAAACUUUGCCCGAGGAGUCGCUGAUACCGAAAGAUUUACUUAUUCAUAUAAACCAACUGUACACCGAAGCGAUAAAAGGCAACACCGUGACAGAGCUCGGCGUGUCAAUCCAUCAAGGCGGUAAUCUACUGGGUUCCCGUGAGCACGCGGGUUUCCUCUUCAUCCGACAGACCUUCCAAUGUCUGCAAAAAAUAGUAUUACCACCAGCGCCAUUCCUCGUUGGAUUAUUAGUACACCGUUGGGAAACACCCUGGGCAAAAGUGUUCCCUCUGCGUUUAGUCCUUCGUCUCGGAGCUGAAUAUCGUUACUACCCAUGUCCGUUGGUGUCCGUGAGAUUCCGCGACGCUGUUUACUUUGAAAUCGGUCAUACAAUAAUGAAAGUCCUCGCGGACUUUAGGAAUUAUGCUUACACAUUACCCAGUGUGAGAGGACUUACUAUUCACAUGCAGGAUAGAACGACAGAUGUUUUGCUACCGCGAAAUCGUUACGAUCAAGUUAUAAAAGGUUUAAAUAAUUCAAACGAUCACGUUCUCGCAUUUGCUGCUAAUUUUAGUAUCCAUGCUGACUCACAUCUUGUUUGCAUCCAAACAAACACUGGAGAUGAGAGCAAUUAUCAAACUCAGGCUAUCAAUAUUCACAACAAACCGCGUCGUGUUACUGGAGCGAGUUUCGUUGUUGUAAAUGGAGCCUUGAAGUCUUCCAUGGGUUUGUCCGCCAAGUCGAGCAUCGUCGAGGACGGACUGAUGGUUCAAAUAAUGCCGGAGAAAAUGGAAGCCCUGAAAGCGGCCUUGAAAAAUAUGCAUGACUUUUCAAUUGGAUGUGGGCGCCAGGGCGCCGCGGAACCAGAUGAGACUGUUAAUAUUAAGUGGGUCGACAAUGAUGUACAAUUUAAUCUUGGAGUGAAGAGUCCUAUUGAUGGCAAGCCUAUGGAUGGCGUUCCGUCUAUCAGGGUGCACAAUGGCACAGAUUACAUGGGAACCAGUAGAUUUAUCAGAUGGACCGAAGUGUUUAUCAUUAAAUCCGAUGACCAUCCAAAUGGAGUCCAUGAUCCUGUGGAUAUCAAUAAGUUGUCUGAAAAUAUUGCACGGGCUACUUGUACCGCCCUGGUUAAACUGUUGGAUCUGUUAGCUACGGCAGGACUUACUAAGCUUGGUGUACGUGCUACUAUUCAUCCUGAUAAUGUUGGUUAUGAAGCUGGCAGUGAAUCAACAAGAUUACCACCAAUUUAUAUGAAUAGUUUGGACAAUGAAUUGAUACAAGUGUUACACAAAGCCGCACAAAGUAGUCAGGAAAUAAAUACUGUGCUUGAAUUAAUUUUCCACGUUCUGGAUGAUUAAAUAUAAUAAUAAGUAAAUAUUUAUUUUUAUUUAUUAUUAUUUAAUUAAUCAUGUAUAUUUAAAAUAAAUUUUAUUUACUAUUAGAAAUUAUAAUUGUACUAAUUAUAAAUUAUUUAUUCGUGCAAUUUUUCUUUUUUUUUUUUUUUAAGACAAGGGUUUGUCAAAUAACCAAAGUUAUAUUUUGUAUUAUUGAUUAUUGAUUGGAAACCAAUUUUGUAAAGAGAAUUGAUAUAACAAAUGUAUGAUUUGUUAAUUAAUAAUCAUGUCAUGAGGAUGAAUGGAAAAGAAUCUCAGCGAUGUGUAUAAAAAAAUUUUAAACUGAACGAAUUAGAUAAUUUGAAUGUAUUAUUAUUUUUAUUAUUUGUACAUCAAAUAAUUAAUGUAGAUAAUUAUUAAAAUAAUUAAACAUUUUAUUAUUAUAAUUAUAAAUUUAACGUCCACUAUUGAUUACUAUUAAUUUGUUAUGAGAUGAUGAAUAUUUAGUAUUUAAAAAUUAAUAGAUUACUGAACAAAAUAAAUCUUUAUUAUUUUUUAUUAGAUUUAAUAAUUAAAUAUAUAUAUAUAUAU